AUGGAUACCGCGCAAGUUUGGUCCUUCAAGGUCAAGGGGAAAGAUGGGGUUUCUUACUGCGUGUGGGAUAUAUGCUUCAGUCCAGAUGGGUCACAGCUGAUAGUAGCGUCGGGAAACUUGGUGUGGGUGUAUAGGGCAGAUGAUGCUAGUUUGACUAAGAGUCUCAAAGGACAUAAGGAGACAGUUUACUGUGUUGCAUACGCCCAUGAUUCUAGUAUAUUUGGAAGUGGGUCAGCUGACAAGUGCGUGAUAAUAUGGAAGUCAAAUACGUUGGAGGGCUUGUUAAAAUACAUGCAUAAUGAGUCAAUACAAUGCUUGGCUUUUAAUCCCACAACUGUACUUUUAACAAGUUGUAGCUUCAGUGAUUUCGGCUUCUGGACUAUGGAUCAGAAGUCUGUUGUUAAAACAAAAAUAUCUGCUCGACCCACAUGUUGCAGUUGGAAAUCUGACGGACAGUACUUGGCUAUAGGCCUUUAUAACGGUGUGAUAAGUGUUCGGAACAAAGCUACUGAAGAAGUAGUGAAAAUUGAACGUCCUGGUAAUCCAAUUAUAUGGCAUCUUAAAUGGAAUCCAUCAAAAAAUGAACAAGGUGAAGUACUUGGAGUUGUCGACUGGAGUCAAAAGUUGUCAUUCUAUCAGUUAAAUGGAAGACAAAUUGUCAGUGAAAAUGGUCAAAAAGGUCAACAAUUAACCCUUUCGUUAAAGACUUCUUGUUGUAUUUUAAAUCCAUUACAUAAACAGACUGGUAAAGAUCGGACACUAGGCUUUGAUCCAUGCAAUUUAACCUGGUUCGGUGCUAAGUGUGAAUCCGUUGUUGGUUGUCAAGAUGGAACAAUAGAAGCUAUACAAUUAAUAUUAGAACCUGUACAGAGUUUUUAUAAAGAUCGUUUUGCCUAUCGUGAAUCCCUUACAGAUGUUGUUGUACAACACUUAAUAACUGAACAAAAAGCACGUAUUAAAUGCAGGGAUUAUGUGAAGAAGAUAUCAUUAUUCAAAAAUCUGCUAGCUAUUCAACUUUCAGAUAAAAUUUUAAUUUAUGAAUCACCUAGUGAUGAUCUCAGAGAUAUGCAUUAUCGAGUUCGUGAGAAAUUAACCCAAAAUUUCGAUUGUCAUCAUUUAGCCAUAUUUACAAACAGUCUGAUUAUUUGUUAUGAAUCUUGUUUAACGUGUAUCAAUUUCCAGGGUAUUAAAGAACGUGAAUGGAUAGUUGACAGUCCCGUGAAAUGUCUUCGUAUAAUUGGUGGUCUACAGAAUAAAGAAUGUCUACUCCUAGGAUUGAAAAAUGGACAAGUGAUUCAAAUCGUCUUAGAUAACACAUUUCCUAUGGUUUUGACUAAACUGAUGAAUGGAAUAUCAUCUGUAGACAUAAGCAGAAAUCGAGAUAAACUUGCUGCACUUGAUGAUAAUGGAACUAUGAGUGUAUUUUCUCUAGAUACUAAAGAGAUGUUAUUUCAGGAACCAAAUGUGCGUAGUAUGGUUUGGAGUACAACUAAUAAUGAUUUACUGGCCUAUAGCGGAAAUAAUUUAUUAUUUAUCAAGAAUGGACAAUUCCCAAGUCACAGUCAGUAUACUAAGGGUACAACACUAUGGUUUACAGGUUCCCUAGUCUAUUGUUUACAUGAAAACAUUAUCAAUCGUGUAGAGAUUUCAUUAUGUUCAGCUGUAUAUCAUUAUCUGGGCGCUGGUCAGUUAACUGAAGCCUAUCAACUUGGAUGUUAUGGACUUACUGAUCCUGAUUGGAAAAUGAUGGGACGAAUUGCUUUAAACAAGCUUAAUCUAAAGGUGGCAAAAUACGCUUACAUGCAGUUAGAGGAUAUACUCAUGCUGACGUUUAUUCAACAGUUGGAAGAAAGAUAUAAAAGAGGAGAAUGGAGUGAUAAAGAGCCAAUAGCCAAUUCAAAUACUUUGAUUGCUUUAGGUGAUAUCUCAGCUUACUUGGGCUAUUUCACUGAAGCAGCUGGUUAUUAUGCUCGAGCUGGACCAAAUUCAAGCGGGAAUCAUAAAAUAAUCGACAUGUACACUGAUCUACGUCGUUUCGAGGAGGCACGUGAAGCAAUGACGGCGAGUGGUGAUAAUGAUACUGAUGAACGGAAAUUAUUAUUAGCUAAACAUGCUGAUUGGGCGAAAUCAACAAAUGAGCAUAGAUCAGCAGCUAAAAUGUAUAUUGAUGCAGGUGAAUAUAUAAAAGCGAUUGAAUUAUCCAAUCAACAUGGAUGGACUGAUAUCCUAUUGGAUAUUAGUCGACGUCUAGACAAAGGGGAUCAUGAAUAUCUAGAACGUUGUGCAAGAAGUUUAGCUCGACUUGGUGAAUACGCCUUUGCAGCUGACUGUUAUGCUAAAUAUGGUGAUAUUGAAAAUCAGUUAAACUUAUACGUGGAAUCACAUAAUUGGGAGGAGGCAUUCAGUUUAGCUGAGAAACAUCGUGACUAUACGGAGAAAGUAUAUCUACCGUAUGCCCACUGGUUAGCUGAAAAUGACAAAUUUGAAGAAGCUCAAGCAGCAUUUAUUAAGGCUGGUUUACAGAAUGAAGCCAUCUCUGUACUGGAACAAUUAGCCACUUGUGCUGCUAAAGAAUCACGUUUCGAUGAUGCCGGAUUUUAUUAUUGGAAAUUAUCUGCUUUAUGCUUGGAUAUGUUGAAAAAUGAAACAAGUACAAAGAAGUAUCAUGAUUUAUUAGAGAAAUAUUAUAAUUUUCAAAGAAAAGCUGAUGUUUAUUAUGUUUAUAAUAACAUAUAUCGUUUUCUGCAUGAACCGUUUGCUUCACAUAUGCCUGAAACUUAUUUCAAUAUGGCACGGUAUUUAGCGCAUAUUUUACAAUUCGGUGAAAUUCCAGAAGUUUCAAGAGCUGCAGUCUUGUAUACUUUAGCUAAACAUGGACGAUCAUUAGGUGCAUACAAGAUGACUAAACAAAUCUAUGAUCGACUACAAACACUUCAUAUGUCAUCAAAGAUGCGUGAUGAAAUUGAAUUGAGUAGUAUAACUAUUAAUUCUUCACCAAUAAUUGAUUCUGAAGAGAUAAGUACUAUCUGCUAUAGAUGUUCAGCUACAAAUCCACUUUUGAAUAGCCUGGGAAAUCGAUGUAUCAAUUGUAAAGAACCGUUUAUUUAUUCAUUCAUUACUCUUGAACAAUUACCAGUCGUUGAAUUCAUACCAGAAGAUGAUUUAUCAUAUGAAGAAGUUAUCAAUUAUUUACAAAGUGAACCUUUAUCACCAUUUUCUGACCAGAUAGUGAAUGAAGAUGAAAAUAAUUUACAGACAAAUGAUGGAUUCUCACAAACACUGAAAAUAUCGCAUGAACCAGAUGAUAAUAACAAUACUAAUAGUACUAAACUUAAUAAAGAUGUUUUUACCGCGAAAUUAUUAAAUUCAGAUCUUAUUUCUGGAACAUAUUCACCAGUCCAACUUGACAUUGCUACAUUGAAAGCGAUCCCGUUUAAUGAAGUGAUAAUUGUUGACAAUUCACCGUUAAGACCACGCUACUAUAAAUCUGUUCUACCUGAUGUUAGUAUUACACAAUGUUCAGUUUGCCAUAAGUAUACUGAUCAAAGUUCAGGACAUGGUCAGACCAGAAAUGUAAAAAAAAACAAAAAGUGUGUGAGCGUGAAUUGUUUUGAACUCCAGGAAAAGAUGCUUAAACUAACGUGUAUUGUUAUCGCUUUGUUGGGAUGCUUUGAUUUAAAUUCUAAAAAUUUGGUUCAUGGAGGUGUUGUGGAGGUGUCCAACACUGAUAAACAUGUUCAGAAUGGAAUCGUAUGUAAAAUGUGUAUGUCAGCUGCAAAUGUGGCACUAGGUAUUAUGCGAAAAGAAUUUCUUUGGAGAGCUUUUUUCAAAAUUUUGUCGCCGACUUGUUACCUAAUGCCUGACGAAAAUUAUCAUGAAUUGUGCGAAUAUUUGCUAUCUGGUGAAUUGGCCAGAAUGGUUACAGUUGAAUUGAAUCAAAUGAAAGCAUCAACUUUAUGUUGUGCUAUUUCAAUGUGUGGUAAAUCGGAUCGAUUUCAUGGAACUUAUGAAAAUGAUGAACAAUUACAAGUGCACUUCAAUACAUUUAUUCAUGAGAAAAUCGAUGAUAUCUGCACAAAUCAUGCUACCGAUAUAAACCAUUGUGCAGAAACAUUAAAGAAAAUUUCAAGUAAUUGGUUCAAUCACUUCAUAAAGUAUAUUAAUGAAGAUGGAGUCAAUGAUAUGCAAUGA